GAGCACAUGUGUAUGCUUGUCACUGAGGGGCUGGGAGAAGGACUGAGGGAAGCGAGGUAGCUGGCCACAGCCGCCAUAUGCUGACUGGAUUCCUGUUCAUGUCUGCUGUGUGAAGACUGCAGGUUUGUGCUGCGUGGUCGCCGGCUGGAGAACGCACCAUGGGAAGCUCACAUCUCCUCAACAAAGGCAUGCCUCUAGGCAUCAGACCACCCAUUAUGAAUGGGCCUAUGCAUCCGCGCCCCCUGGUGGCGCUGCUGGAUGGGCGUGACUGCACUGUGGAGAUGCCCAUCCUGAAAGACGUAGCAACUGUGGCCUUCUGUGAUGCCCAGUCUACACAGGAGAUCCAUGAGAAGGUGUUAAAUGAAGCUGUAGGAGCUCUGAUGUAUCACACCAUCACCCUGAUGAGAGAAGAUCUGGAAAAGUUUAAAGCUCUACGCAUUAUUGUCCGCAUCGGCAGUGGUUAUGAUAACAUUGACAUCAAAUCUGCCGGGGAAUUGGGCAUAGCUGUGUGUAAUAUGCCAGCAGCCUCAGUGGAAGAGACGGCAGACUCCACACUGUGUCACAUCCUCACCUUGUACAGACGCACCACCUGGCUGCACCAGGCUCUCCGAGAGGGCACGAGGGUUCAGAGCGUGGAGCAGAUCCGAGAGGUGGCAUCAGGGGCUGCACGGAUCAGAGGAGAGACACUUGGACUUAUAGGACUUGGUCGAGUUGGCCAGGCUGUAGCCCUGCGAGCCAAGGCCUUUGGUUUUAAUGUGAUCUUCUAUGACCCAUAUUUGGCUGACGGCGUAGAGAGAUCUCUGGGACUACAAAGGGUCACCACACUACAGGACCUGCUCUUCCACUCUGACUGUGUCUCUCUGCACUGCAGCCUGAACGAACACAACCACCACCUGAUCAAUGAUUUCACCAUCAAACAGAUGCGUCAGGGGGCGUUCCUGGUGAACACGGCCCGGGGUGGUCUAGUAGAUGAGAAGGCCCUUGCUCAGGCCCUGAAGGAAGGGAGGAUACGUGGAGCAGCUCUGGAUGUUCAUGAGACAGAGCCUUUCAGUUUCAGUCAGGGCCCGCUGAAGGAUGCUCCAAACCUGAUUUGCACCCCACACGCUGCCUGGUACAGUGAACAGGCAUCACUGGAGAUGAGAGAGGAGGCAGCCAGGGAGAUCCGAAGGGCCAUCACAGGCCGUAUCCCUGACAGUCUGAAGAACUGUGUGAAUAAGGAGUUCCUCACCCAGAACAACCACUGGACAGGAGUCGAUCCAGCAACCGUCCAUCCUGAGCUCAAUGGGGCUUAUAGGUAUCCUCCCGGUGUGGUGAACCUUCCUGCUGGUGGUCUUCCGCCACCUGUUGAAGGCAUUGUGCCAAGUGCUGUGCCCAUCACACACACCCUCCCGCCUGCUGUUACACACCCUCCUCAUGCCCCAUCACCUGGACAAAAUACUGUCAAGCCACCAGAGGGCGACAGAGAGCAGCAUCCAAAUGACCAACUGUAGCUACACACCCAAACACAUACACUCGCCCCAUGUUGUCCAGUGACUGGAGAAGGUUGGCAUGGCAACCAGGAAUAUAGCGAUAAGAUUCCUUGUGAAAAGUUAUCAGUCAGGUUUCCAGUGUGUCAGAUGGACAGGUUGAGGUCCCAAUAACAAUCAAUUCACAACUCUGGCAAUUUGUUCCCAGCAGCCAGCUCACACUCCAAAGAGGAAGAAGAAAGCAGAGACAAGGAAGAGUGGAGAUCAAUCACCUGCUCUGAGAGAGGGCAAGACAGUUGUCCAGAGAGGGACCGUUGAGAUCCACAUGCUUAUCAUCACAUUACAACUGCAGUUUAGUUCAGUUUUCUCUGCUAGAAGUAAAAAGAUAACUGUUGAUUUGCAAAGAAAAAACUGAAUCCACGUCAGCUGUUUUAGACUGUAGAGUGUCUAAAUUUAGAGGGGCCUGUUUCAUGUCUUUCUCUCUUUUCUGUGUCCUUUCCUUAGUUUGAUGUACAAGCAAGUAGUAGGUUAUGAAAUGAAUGUAACCUGUCUGUGUACAGUUUUAAGACUUAGCGCAAGAAGAUACUGAUAUUUGUAUUCCAGUCUUAAGAAAAAAAGGGUUAUGUGAUCUCUCUAUGUAGCCAAACUGGUUUGAGAACACAAUAUCUGUUUUUUUGUUUUUUGUUUUUUUUUAUUAGCGUGACCCUAAAUUUACAAAAGCCUCCCCCAUCCCCUUCCCCGAUAAGAGGCAGCUUUUUGCACACCAUCUCAGGAAAUUCAGUUUUCCAUGGUUGGUAUAUUAUAAUUUUUUUUAAUUUUCAGUUUUUAUGCCACUUAGUGCUUUUGUUUUUCUACCUGCUUGCCUUUUUGUGUCCUGCUACAUUAGAGGAACGAGCUAAAGUUCAUCUAAUGUUAGUUUUUGUUUGUUUUGUUUAAGGGGAAAGUGAUUUUGCUCUAGGGACUUGUUUCAAUGUUUGACACAAAUAGGGGAAGGAGUGGGAGAAAAGGCUGCAUGGAGGUGGUGUAAUGGUAUGCCUGGCUGGGACGACUUCCUAGUUGCAAUUUUAAAAUACAAGUAGAGUAUUGGGACUUCUUUUGAAGGAGAGAGCAGGUUUGGGAUGAGGCAAUGCACUGAGUUUGUAGCAGCAUACAGUUUAAGAAACUAUUUCAAAACCAGAUAUUUAUCUUUGUCUUCUUCCUGUCAUGAUCCAGUACUUCCACUAUGAAUCAGCAAAGCUGUAAAGCAUAAGCAGGAAACCACACAAAGGUAAAAACAAUAAAUAGAUAAAUAAGUAAUGAAAAGAUGCACAGAAAUUGUCUUUCAAGUUGUACAUCUGUCAAACUGGUUGACAGACUUGUGAAAGCUGCACCACCAAACUACAGAAAAGUUGUUUUUUCUUUGGAAACAUUUUUGGUUAGUAUUUGAAUCUAAACUCUUGUACAGGUGUCGCAGCCAGUUAAAGUCAGUAAAUAUUUACAUGGAAUGUCAUUUUGACCCACUUUAUAAAAAAAGUAAACAGCCUAUGAACAAUGGGUUUACAAAGCAUGUAUUGAUUUUUUUCAAGUCUAGUAUCCCUUUAACAUUUCAUGAUGGGUCCUUUCUGGGUAUACCGUUCAGCCACCCUCUGUGGCCUCUGUGUCUAUGUGUACAUAUGAUGUUCUGCCUGCCUGUGUCAAUGUGACUUGGUUGUAUCUGUGUCUAAAAAAGCAGCGCUGGGAGAAGGGGUUCCAGCUAGCACUUUCCACAAGGUAUCAUUAUAAACACUGCCAUCCAAAUUCACAACUCAUCACUACAGGGAAAACUAAAAUUGCUUAUAAAACACCAAAGUUUUUAGCUAGCAAACCAAGCCAGAAACCUCUGCUUUUACUGGCUACAUUCCAACAAUGUAAACAAGAUGCUAAUAUUGUUGCAUCAGCUAUGUAUGUGAUCAGAAAUUGUUCCUAAAUCUGAAAUUUGUAUUAGCUAAGUGGUGGUGCUUUUUGUACCCCCCUUCUACCAGUGGCUAAGUAGUAUAAACAGUUCACUGUUGCCUACCUGGUCUUCUUCAUGUUGAGGUAGUAAAAGUAGCAAUCAGGGAUGGAAAUUUCACUAGCCAAUGCUGAAUAUUUUACAGACUAGGAUUACAUUUUGAGGGUAUACUUGGUGCAGAAGAUGCUGAAAAGACAUUUAAAUCUCAGCAUCUGAAGCUCAAAAAUCUUGACAUGAAUGCUGGAAAAUUUUGAAUUAACUCUUGAACCUUCCUCACCAGAUGCCUAUUGGAAGGGAGACACUCAAUGCUAAUACUUCCUGAUAUAAACUGCAAGCAUUCCUCAUUCAAACCAAUAGGUGCCAAAAGCAAACAAAAUAAUACAUAUAUAAAUCUUCAAAGGUCAGGGUGCUCCUUGAAAUUCCAUCCCUGGUAGUAACACACAGUCCACUGUUGCCUACCUUGGUCCCCUUUAUGGUAAAGUAGUAGGCGUAGCAAUAUACAGUAUACAUAUUCUAUAUUCUACAAUAAAUAUCAUUAUUUUUGGUCAAACAUGACAACCGGACAAAGAUAUGUUUGUGACUGUAUGCAUUUGUAUGAAUUAUUUUAAAAGGAAAUAAACUGUGGA